AUGAUAAAAAAACACAAUUUGCACAUUUUCAUUUUAUUAGUGGCUAUAGCCUUCAAUUCAUCACUUUUAUCUGCAAACUGCUUCAUAUUCAAGUCGAGCUAUGAAGUUAUGCCCACCCUAACGUUUGCUGAAAAAUUCACUCUUACUACUCUAAAUAUUCUUGACAUUUGCACUUUUCCAAAAACAAUUUAUUACGGAAAUGAACACCUGGUUCAAAGGGAAAUAACUAAACAAAUAAUUUAAGAAAGCUUAAAUGCAUAAAAUAGCAGUCUGGAAGAUAUUGAUUUCAUAGACUACUUCAAAAAUAUCCAGCAAUUAGAGCAACCUUAAUACUUUGAAAGUGAAAAGAUUGUUUAUCACAAAAGUGACCAAAUGAAAAUACCAUUAGUAACACAUAGAAUUUGGCUUACUGAUCUAAACUAUCCAAAAGAAAUCACUGACGUCGUGCCUAGCUAUGCAGUUGAAUAACUAGGUACGUCAUAUAAAGUUUUCAAUUAGUCAGCUCAGUACUAAGGAUAUAAAUGGUCACAUUACCUUUGGGUUCAAGAUAAGCAAAAGGUUCCAGAAACAAUUAAACUUUUUAAAAAUUUUGGGGUAAUAACUAAAGAGUUAAAGGAAUUGGAUGGGUUCCAUGAUGGAAGGGUUUAAAAUUAAUAUCAAUAUUAUAUGAAAGACCUUAGAGCAGUUGCAGCUGCAAGUGAUUUGAUUAGAGUUUUAAUUGUGUACGAAUAAGGAGGAUUAUAUUUUGAUAAUGAUUAUACAUUUUGGCACUGGGAUUAUAACAUUAAUUUUUAUUUCGAUUUUAUGGGAGUUGGACUAUAAGUUACAUAAAAUACUUACGGUUUAAAUAAUGCAUUUUUUGCUUCUAAAUCGGGUCAUUUGCUUUUAGAAAAAUAUUUGCAUUAUGUGAUCAAAUAAUUCAGAAAGCAUGAUGAUGAUCUAGAUGAUAGACCAUUUUACUAGAAUACUUGUUCUUAUAUGACCGCAGCUUCAACACUAUAUGGCACUGGACCAGCUGUACUGACUGCCAUUGCUCUCAACUAUCUUAACAAAGAUGGAAAUCAAGAUAUAGUUAUAUCGGAUAGAAACAAGCCUUAACACAAAUCCAAUAUUAAUAUAAUAGACCUAAAUGGAAUUAAGGGGUAGUUGAUGAUAGAUUUAGUGUGCAUGGAUUAUUAAACAAAUCUCUGGAGGAAUGAUUUUAAGGAUGCAAGAGUAUUUGGAUUUCCUCAGUACUCUAAAUUUUGA